CAGGAAUGCUAACCGGCGGGUACCUUUCGAGGCGGUUCUCAUAUCCCAUCAGUUGACAACGGUGCUCAUUCUGAACUAUCAGCAUGAUGCCGAUCGCCACUGGGCUAUCGCUAGCGGCCUUGUACGAUGAGCAAGAGGAAGCGGCACCCGUCGAAUUAGCUUCGUCAUCAAGCAGGCCUCGCUGGACAUUGGCACAUGAUUAUGAGAAGGUGACGCCAUCCGAACUCAAGUGGGAGCUAGUUCUUGGGAGGGCGUGGAAUGAGGUCGCUGCCCAUCUUUCACCGAGAAACAUCAAUAUAAACACUGUCAAACCCGCUACCCAAUCUCAGACGGCCUCGCUAGCACACAUCAUGAAGUCGUCGUAUGAUGCGCCUCGCUUACUCGUUUCCAACUUUCUAGACGAAAUGUCGGCGUCAUUCUCCUGGAUCGAGGCUGAUAUCAAGCGUUGUAUGCAGCACCUUGAAGUCGCGCAUCUGUCGAGGGGUUCAAAUGUAAGGCUAACUGAGGUCAUGAACGCCCUAUUUGACAAGCUGUACCGGUGGGAAAAGGAAUGGGGCGCGGGUAUGAAGUGGAUCGAUGGCUUCUACAAAACACCCAUUGCACCUAGCAAAAGCUACUGCCAGACCCUAUUUCGCAACCAUUACCAAGCGCUACUCUUCGAUAUCCUGCCGUCUGAAGCGUUCCAUCACCACCUGAAGAACUACUUCCGGUCCACGCUACCUCCCUUGCGACCCCUACAUCAUCCCUCGAAUCGUGCUUACGAAUUCGAGCUCCCCAACCGCUACCUCUAUCGAAUUGGGAUCCUGCCUAAGUAUGCCUCUAUGCUCGCAGACGUUGCUUAUGAGCAGCUGGGUAGGGUGGUGAGGGGGGAUUGGGAUGAGCCCGUUAGGACUCAAGACGGAGUCGAUUCUAUGGACGAAGAUCAGGGCGAAGAAGAAGGUAGAGAAUGGAAACGAAGGAUGUUAAGAGAUUUGCAGGUUGUCGUCAGGCGAGAUAUCCUCGGUUGGUUCUUCGGGUACAUAGAGGCCGGCGGUAGUAAGGACGAACACAGGAAGCAUAAUAUAGAGACGCGAAUCAAGCACCGCCUGCAGAUGGAGUUAUAUGAAUACAGAUGUCAGCAGAUGUUCGACAUAAUUGUCAACUUCCCGGCAUCGCUUCCCGCCCUGGCCGAUAUGCAGGAUUGUGACGCACUUACUCCACCGCUCAAGCGGACGAAGCUUGCCCCGGUUUUGAAGGAGUCCAUCAAUCAGAGGCUACUUCAUCCAGGCGCCGAGACUAAAGAUAUCAUCCGGGGCUACAUCCUGAUUAUCAAGGCGUUACGGGUAGUCGACCCUUCUGGAGUACUUCUUCACUCGAUCUCUGAGCCUAUAAAGGCAUAUCUCAAAUCAAGAAGCGAUGCAGUGGCGAGCAUCGUCAGUAUGCUCGUCGAGACGGACGAGUUGGCGGACGAGAGCGACCAGAUUCGGGGGAUCAGGGAGAUCAAUGUCAGACACGAAUUGGCCGAAGAAUGGAUCGAUCAGAAGUGGGAUCCAGAACCCAUUGACGCAGCACCAGAAUUCCGUGCCAAGAAUCCCAACGAUAUCUUGAGCAUCCUGGUAGGGAUGUACGACUCGCGCGAUGUGAUUGUGACCGAGAUUCAGAUGUGGCUGGCAAGACAGUUACUGAACGUCAAAAACUACGAUUAUGACGAACACUUUGCCAAAGUUGAAACUUUGAAGAAGAGGUUCGGGGACACAACUUUGCAGGUGUGCGAGGUCAUGCUCAAGGAUAUGACGGAUUCGAAGCGUCUCAACGCGCAAGUGCAGCGAGUUCAACAGAAUCAACUUGAGCCGAUCAUCUUGUCGCAUCACUACUGGCCGAGCGUAGCUGGAAAGCGCCUCAGAUUGCCACGGGCGCUUCGACGCAUGCAAAAGCAGUACUCCACCGCAUUCAAGAAAGUGAAACAGGAUAAACACAUGAAAUUUUUCAAUAUGCUCGGGUCGGUCUCAUUAACCAUAGAGCUCGGCGAUCGGUCCGUCACCUGUAACGCCACACCGCUUCAGGCUGCCAUUCUCGAUGCUGUUUCCAAAAAGGGCCGAUGUACCUGGCAACAGAUAUCAGAUUGGACUGGGAUGGACGAUGAAAAGGUCAUCAAGCACGCCUUGAAUCAUUGGAUCAACCAUGGUAUUCUACACAGUAGCAACGAUGGCUUAUAUUCCGCUUCGGACAAGCCAGAAGUCGUCCCGGAAGACCCUUCUUCUUUACUGUUUGAUACUGCCGAAGCGGUCGUCCUAGAGACUCCGCUCGAGACUCGUGCCGAUAUGGAGACGCAUAGAUGGACCGAAAUUCAACGUCUGUUGGCCGGCGGUGCCAGCUUUAACACCUUCAUCCUCCAUCGUUUGCUUUCCCGGGACCCUACAUAUGAAAAUUCGAGAGAGUCCCUCGAGCGCUUCUUAGGAGUGACAGCACGAACGGGAUUGAUCGAGACGACUACCAACGGCUGGCGUCUGCCCAAUGUCUCCACCUGAUCUGAUGGAAGCUUCUCAUACAGAGAAUGAUGACAUGAUGUUGAAGAGCGACAUUGUAACAAGUACUUGUCUUCGACCAAGCGCGAUGAGCGGACAUCAACACGUUUUUUCGACCAGUCUGAAGCGACAUCUCCGUGUUCUUGGUGUAAUCACCCGCCUGAUCGCCUGUUGUCAUUCACUACUCUGUACUACUGAUCUACUGAUCUGAUGAUAUACUGACCU